GUGCCCCUCCUUCAACGGUUGUUUAUAGUUGCUAAGCAACUUCAUUAAACGUCACCUGUCGGGUGCACCACGUGUCCGCCUCGAGCCGCAGAGGUGUUUUAAUUACACUUUGAGGGAUUUCGACACCGUGUUUUGAACUAUUCUAGUAUUCAGCUGCUCUAAGUGGACUUCCACCGGUACGCGCACGUUAUUAGUUCACCGUCAGUCGGAUUUCCGGUUCCGACUUUGUUCAUGUAUUUAUAAAGCAGAAUUAAACAUGUCCCCCUGAUUCCACUCGUCACGCGCUGCACGCGCCGCCCGCCGCCGCCGUCGCCGCCGCCGUCGCCGCCGCCAUGGGGUCCGAGUCGGUGAAGGUGGUGGUCCGGUGCCGGCCCCUGAACGACCGGGAGCGCGCUCUGGGCUCCAACACGGUGCUGUCCAUGGACCUGCACCGCUGCCAGUGCUUCAUCUCGAGGCCCGGCGCGCGCGACGAGCCCCCGAAACAGUUCACCUUCGACGGCACCUACUUCACCGAGCAGCCCACCGAGCAGAUGUACAACGAGAUCGCCUACCCUCUGGUGGAGGGCGUCACUGAGGGCUACAAUGGAACAAUCUUCGCCUAUGGACAGACUGGAAGUGGGAAGUCUUUCACCAUGCAGGGAGUGUCCGAUCCUGCGGCCCAGAGGGGGGUCAUCCCGAGAGCCUUUGAGCACAUCUUUGAGAGUAUUCAGUGUGCAGAGAAUACCAAAUUCCUGGUGAGGGCCUCCUACCUGGAGAUUUACAAUGAAGAAAUCCGAGACCUUUUGGGUAGUGACACCAAGCAGAGGUUGGAGCUGAAGGAGCAUCCGGAGCGCGGGGUGUAUGUGCGGGACCUGUCCACGCACACGGUGCACAGUGUGGGGGAGUGCGAGAGGCUCAUCGAGGGCGGCUGGCGGAACCGAGCCGUGGGCUACACGCUGAUGAACAAGGACUCCUCGCGGUCCCACUCCAUCUUCACCAUCCAUCUGGAGAUCUGCAACACGGACGCAGAUGGCCAGGAUCGCCUCCGAGCCGCUAAGCUCAACCUCGUGGACCUGGCGGGAAGCGAGCGCCAGUCCAAGACCGGCGCCACCGGCGAGCGCCUCCGCGAGGCCACCAAGAUCAACCUCUCCCUCUCGGCGCUGGGCAACGUCAUCUCGGCGCUGGUGGACGGCCGCUCCAAAUACGUGCCCUACCGGGACUCCAAGCUGACCCGGCUGCUGCAGGACUCCCUGGGAGGGAACACGCGCACCCUGAUGAUCGCCUGCCUCUCGCCCUCGGACGACAAUUACGAGGAGAGCCUGAGCACGCUGCGCUACGCCAACCGGGCCAAGAGCAUCCAGAACCGGCCGCGCAUCAACGAGGACCCCAAGGAUGCUCUGCUGCGGGAGUUCCAGGAGGAGAUCAAGAAGCUGCGAGCCCUCGUCUCCGGCCAGCUGGGCGCCGCUGACCACGCGUCUCUGCUGGCCCGUCGGGCGUCCGAGGCGCCCCCCGCCCUUCCCUCAAGGCCGCAAUCCAGCAACGCGGAGAAGGAGAAGAUUAAAGAGGAGUACGAAGUGAGGCUGGCCACGCUGCAGGCCGAGUACGACGCGGAGCAGGAGUCCCGGGCCAAGCUGCAGGAGGACAUCGCCGCCCUGCGCUCCUCCUGCGACUCCACCCGCGAUCUGGAGACGGCCCGAGCCAGCAGGGGGCGCUCCGCCCCGCGGAGGGAACACCGGAGAGCGGCUCCCCAAGAACCCAUGAGCUCCAGCUGUGUGACGGAGGAUGCCGAGGGAGAGCUCCGCCCUCACGCCGAUCCCGUGGGCCUCGGUUCAGCUGGAGGAAGCCCCCUCACCGAGCCGGCUGGAGCAGAAGAAAACCCACAAGACCCAGACGGACACUCGCCUGGCGUCACCGCACCGCCUCCGGACCAGCAACACGUCCUGGAAAGACUGCAGCAGCUGGAGCAGGAAGUGGUCGGCGGAGAGCAGGUCAGGAACAACGAGCUGAAGCAGAGACAGAGGCAGAGGAGGAAGCUGGCCGACCAGAGGAAGGUCCACCUCGUCUGCGCUUUGUCGGAGGACGGCGAGGACAGCGAACAGGUGCUGCUGAACGUCUACAACUCCAUCCAGGAGGAGGUGCACGCCAAAAGCCAAAUUCUGGUCACGGUCCAGGGCAAGCUGAAAGCGGCCAAACUGGAGAUCCGUGACCUGCAGGCGGAGUUCGAGGUGGAGCGGGACGACUACCUGGCGACCAUCCGGCGGCUGGAGCGGGAGGGCCAGCUGCUGCACGGCCUGCUGGAGCGCAUGGCGCCCCUGGUGCGCCGCGACUGCAACUACAGCAACCUGGACCGCCUGAAGAAGGAGGCGGUGUGGGACGAGGACGGCGCCGCCUGGAGGCCGCCCGACGUCACGGUGCAGAAAACGACGCUGCCUUCAGCGGCGGCUCCGAAACCUUCAGCUAGCAGAGGAUCAGCCGGUGACUCUGGAGAGCUGUUCAUGCAGGUGGAGGAGGACCGGUACAAGGAGAUGCUGGACCGGAGCGACAGCGAGAACAUCGCCAGCAGCUACUUCAAGUCCAAGAGGGCGAGCCAGCUGCUCGGCCGCGAAGCGCCCAAAGGACACGGCGCCGUCCACGCUCCUCCCCCGGCCAACGGGACGGCCCACCUCUCUGCGAGCGGCGCCGCCAUGAACCCGCCCGUCCUCGCCGACGCCGUCCUGCCGCGCCCGUUCCGCCUGGAGUCGCUGGACGUGCCGCCGGCCAACGCCAAGGUGAGGCGCAAGAAAAGCAAAUCUCACAUCCAUAACGAGGGGAUUUGAGAAGACGCUUCCCCGUGUCACGGGGGUGGAGUUUUUCCCUGAGCCGAUGUGAGGUCAAAGGUCAGGGAUGUCGUAUGUGUACAGAUUGUAAAGCCCUCUGAGGCAAAUUUGUGGGAUUUGGGAUGUACAACAUGAAUUGAAUUGGCUGUCCUAACACAGCAUGACACCCUUGGAUUGUUUUGCACUGUACCUAAAAACUAACUCCAGAUUCUAUAAUAUUUAACUUUUGCCGUUGCUGAUUUGUAAACCGCCGCUCCAACCUGUUCCUCAUUUUAUCUUCUCACAUUCUUGCUGCUGAAUGGAUAAAUAAAAUGGUUUAAUAUAUACACAA